AUGUCCCACGAUCUGUGGAUCUCCUUGGCCUCUGCAAUUCAUCCUUCUCCAAACUCCCACGCUAUGUCGGCAGUUCUGCAAUCGACAAUUCACCUUCUCGAGUCCGAGUUGGCCAAGGCGCGCGCAGCUCUGCAGGAGAUUCAUCCUCACGCACCGCUGCUGCGCAUCGGCGACGAGGUCGCCGUCGGGGCAAUGGCGGCGUAUCGUCAGCAUCUCAUCAACCAAGCGCCGGAUUUUUAUGGAUCUCGCCGAUUGACUGCGAAAGAGAUUGGACUCGAACCGGUGGUGCGAGAAUUGCCCAUCGAAGAACAUGACCCGGUCGAGUCGCUGACGCAACAAACCCAACCUCCGCCGAAACAAGCCCCAUUGGAAAAUGCGCUUUCCAACAGUCUGAUUCUUGACCACAUGGCGCCAUACUUGGGUCCGUCUUCACUGCUGACACUUGCUUCUACGUCACGACACCUCUCCAAAGUGAUCACCACCACCCCUUAUGUCUUCAGACAUCUCGACCUCACGCGUUGUCGGGGCGCGCAACUGUCGACUGCGGAGCCAUCCCAGGACGCCGACACCCAGACCGAAGAUGAGAUCUACUCAGCUCCCCUGCGAAAGAUCUUUGGCAGUCUCGAGAAGCGAUCCCUUCUGCAGGAUGUCCGGACGCUCAUCCUCGAUGGCCUUUCCGUGCCUGCUGACCUGGUGGCCGAUAUCAUAUUGACAGACCGGUUCAACGUCAACAUUCUGUCGAUUCGUGAAUGCCAGCAUCUGAACGAGCGCAAGCUGAUGCAAGUCAUCCAACAUGCAGUCCGACCUACACGACCGCAGGGUACGCCCAAGGUCAAAGCCAUCUAUCAUUUCUCACCCAUGCACACUCCACCUCGAGCUGCGGUGCGUCGCCAGUACCGUGAUUGGUGGGGAUCUCGCUUGGCACCUUCAUCAGAUUCCAGCCGAAGCUCAUCCAACACUUCUUCCGACAAUGACGAGGAGGUGCCCCAGGGUAGCGUGUCCCCUCCAAAGACUGCUAACGCACCAGCCCACCUCCAGAGUCACGGAGACGAAUGGUACCGGGCUUCGGGAAGGAUUUUCAAGCACGGUCUGGUGGACGGUUGGGCCCAAACCCUUCAGAAGUGCGAGGGGCUCAUUGCCUUUGACGCAGUCCUCUGUCGUGGACCUCGUCAUGAUGUUGACCGUUACACCAAUGCGACGGAGACGAACCCGGCUCCCGAAGGUCGUCUCCUUGGUCCGGCAAUUGCCUCGGUCGCAUUGGGCCCGCGUGGAUGUGAUGGUUGCCACAGUUCACCCGAGGGUCCUGCUAUCUGGGGUCAGUCGUCGGAUGAACACUUCCCGUUGCUGAGCCCGAUUCCUGUGCAUGUUUCCCACGUCGCGGCCGCCAAGCGACCGGUGUUGAUUCCCGGCGAAUAUCCGGUUUUGAUUGCGCGUUGUGCAGAUUGCCUGACGGAUCGUUGGUGCCAUCGCUGUAAUAAGUGGUUCUGCUCAAACUGUCUACCGCAUCCGACCCACGUGCGGACGACCCUCACACCCCAUCAGACUGCGAUUCGAUCAGCGCAUCCUACCCUACACGGGGCUGCUGGGUCACCUCAUGUUGAGCGAGAGGUAUGGUCCUAUCCUAGCUCCAUGGCAAAAGACUCUGACCAUGGAGAGAAGCUGACUUUUUGCGCUUUCCAGAGAAUUGAGCAAGGUGUGAGCAAAGAUUGUUGGGAAUGUGGUCCAACGGUACGUAUUCGUCUGGUGCACAUUCUUUCUGUGGCUGGACCUGAAAAAUUCUAA